AUGGCUCUUCGCACUGGUACCAGCUCGCUUACACGAGAGUUGAACAUUGCACAAAAGUGUGCAGUACGACAAUUCGCCACAGAAGCACGUCCUAAACAACGAAAAACGGUCCAUCCUCCUCGCCGUACCUAUCUUCACCAGCAGUAUGAGUCGAUUGUCAACAACGAUCGUGCCAUGUUUAUCUUUCAACAUAACAACUUGACGGUGCGUGAGUUUACAGCCUUGCGUCAGGAACUCUCUCGAUUGGGUGCACCAGCAAAGCUCACUGUAUUGCGAUCCGGUGUAUUCAACUCUGUUCUUCGCAGCACAAAGUACGCCAAUUUGGAGCCACUUGUUGAAGGUGGUCCUACUUGUAUUUUCCAUACCAACGCCAACGACACUGAACAUCCCGAUCUAUUAAAGAAGGCUAUGGCAGUUCUCGGCAAGAACAAAAAGAUGAUGUUGCUUGGUGGCAAGCUUGACGAUACACUAUUGACACACGACGACGUGAACAAGAUUGUCCAAUUGCCUGGAUUGCCUCAGUUGCAAGCCGAGCUUCUUGGUGUACUGGAAGCACCUGGUAGAAAGUUGCUCAGCACCUUGGAUUCACCCGCACGGCAAUUACACAGCAUUUUGGAUAGAAGAAUCGAAUAG